CCCCAAAACAAAAAUUCUCCCUUUAUUUGUUUGUUGAUAUGUAUGUGAUGAGGGGAUUUUCAGCAGCAAAAUCAUUAGUAAUGGGCAUAAAAUUACCCAAAAAGUUCCUCCAUUUAUUUGCAAAGGCAGCUCUGUUCCUUCUCUCCUUCUUCAUUUACUUCUCUCUUUCUUCUAAUCUCUUCAACCACACCAACUUCUGGUUUUUCCUUACCAACACUCUCAUUUUCAUCAUUGCCGCUGAUUCCGGCGCUUUCUCUCCGCCGUCCAGCUUCGUCGCUGCCACCGAUACCGUCCCAACUCCGCCAAAAGACUUUAAUAAGAUUGUCGUCGUUAAGGAACCUCCUAAUUCACCCAUACUAACUCAAAAUGAAGAAGAAGAAGAAAUAAUAAUCCAACUUACCACAGAAAAAACUUCUAUUCCUCCUAAAUUUAAUAAUUCAAGAAAAUCUUACCAACGAAGCAAGUCAGAGAAAGAGAUAAAAAGACUGAGGGAGAAAGCGGGAAAAAUCACGAUGAAGAGAUCAAAGACGAUGAUACGACACGACACGACAACGACAAAAAAGAAGGAAGAAGAAAAGGAUGAGUUUGCAGAGAUGACAAAUGAAGAAUUGAACAGAAGAGUUGAAGAGUUUAUUGAAAGAUUCAACCGACAAAUAAGACUCCAAGAAAUUAAUGAACAUGGCAAUGAGAAUAGAGAGCUUUUAAUCUAAUUUGGUUGUUUAUAUGUGUAAUAUGCAUUAACUUUUUUGUUUUUGUUUUUAGUUAGUGUGUGUUGUCUUCUUCCUCACUUGUCUCUUUCUAAAUAGCUACAGUUUUUCUCUUUUUCCUUUAAUGGUGAUAACUCAUAAUACUUUUUCAUGUAUGGAGCUGUCUUCAUCCACAAUCCAUAUAUAUGAAUUAUCAUCUCCCUUCUCA